AUGUCACGAGCGCGUAGGUGUGCUCGGAUCUUUUUUGGAUACGUUAGAGUUCCGAACGGAUAUCGCAUAUCGCGUGUUUUCCAGGUGUUACCAAGAUCGUGUAGGAUUCGACGGAUCGUAAAACGGAGUCCCGGAUACUCCGGAAAUGCCAACCCUGGGGUUAGGGUUUUAGUAACCGUCCGAUCGUGUGAUCGUGAGCGAUCCGACCGUCCGAUCAAGACCAAACUUGCAGGACGUGCAUCCUAG